CAACAAGCAACAUCAGGUCUGAGUUGCAGUCAUGGGGGAAGCAGUGAAAGAGUCGAAGAUGAUUGAGGAUGUAAGAUCGGCAGUGUUCAAGCAUUCAGAAAGUUUAGAAGGCAGUUGUGCUAAAAUCCAGGGCUACGAUUUCAACGAUGGAAUUAACUAUACACAGAUUCUUAAAUCCCUACUUUCCACCGGAUUCCAAGCUUCUAACUUUGGUGACGCCAUUGAAAUCGUUAAUGAAAUGCUAGACUGGAGGCUUUCUCAUGAGCAAGUAACACAAGAUUGCAGUGAGGAAGAGAGUAAUCCAGUAUACAGAGAGUCUGUCAAGUGCAAAAUCUUUCUAGGGUUCACUUCAAACCUCAUUUCUUCUGGUGUUCGAGACAUUAUUCGGUAUCUAGCUCAACAUCAUAUGGUUGAUGUGAUUGUGACAACAGCCGGUGGCAUUGAGGAAGAUCUGAUAAAAUGUCUUGCAGACACAUACAGAGGUGAAUUUUCUCUACCUGGUGCUGCCUUAAGGUCAAAAGGACUAAAUCGUACUGGUAAUUUAUUGGUGCCUAAUGAUAAUUACUGUAAGUUUGAGGAUUGGAUUAUCCCAAUAUUAGACCAAAUGCUUCAAGAACAAAAUACAAAGCAUGUGUUAUGGACCCCAUCAAAAGUAAUAUCACGUUUGGGGAAGGAAAUUAAUGACGAAAGCUCAUAUCUAUAUUGGGCAUAUAAGAACAAUAUUCCUGUGUUUUGCCCCGCCUUGACAGAUGGGUCUCUCGGAGACAUGUUAUAUUUUCAUUCGUUUCGCAGUCCUGGUCUUGUUAUUGACAUAGUACAAGAUGUGGUGGCGAUGGACAGUGAAGCUGUGAAUGCAAACCCUAGAAAGACAGGGAUGAUACUUCUAGGAGGAGGAUUACCAAAACAUCACAUUUGCAAUGCGAAUAUGAUGAGAAAUGGUGCGGAUUAUGCUGUUUAUAUCAACACUGCUCAGGAAUUUGAUGGCAGUGAUUCAGGUGCUCGUCCCGAUGAGGCUGUGUCAUGGGGGAAAAUUCGUGUUUCUGCUAAAUCUGUCAAGGUGCACUGUGAUGCAACUAUUGCGUUCCCAUUACUUGUCGCUCAAACAUUUGCUGCAAAAAAAACACAGAAACCAAGUUCCUGAUAAAUGUUGAUUUACGCAAAGCUUUGAUUUACUUUUAUAUAUUUGGUGAGAAUAAAAGAUUAUAAGGUCCAUAGCGAGCGAUACCUGCUUGUAACUUAUUUACAAAAAAACGUUUGUAUUUAACUCGUUGAUUUCAAGUACGUACACUUGC